UGCAUCAACUUAUUAGCAAUACAACUUGUGUUUGAUACAUGUAUAUUCAAUUGUUACAGCUUAACUAGUAUGUAAGCGCAAACAGAAAUCGUUAUCAGUUACUGUUAUAAAUGGAUGAUGUUGUGAAUGAAAAUGAAACAGGAGUUAAAGGAAAGCUAGUGGGCGGCCGUGUGCUGUCAUGGCGGCGUUUCCUGGUCGGGCCGGUCAUGGUGCUGUACAUGACUGGCUAUAUGAUCUCAUACUUCACCAUCACCGAGUACACUAACGCGUACUGGAAACACCGGAAACUGAAUGAAGCUAAUCUUGCGGAUAAUGUGACGUCAUCAGAAAAUAAAUGUGACGUCAACGCCAGUGACCCUGCGUACAAGGUUGAAGAUGAGGCGACGUCAACUGCGUCGGAAUACAUCGUUUAUUACAGUCUAGCACAGGGGUUACCGGGGAUUGUUUCCAAUCUUGUCCUUGGUGCGUACACUGACGCCUUUGGGCGGCGGUUUCUUCUUGGUAUUGGAAUAACGGGUACAACAGUACGACUGAUAUUAUCUGUGAUCAUUAUAUAUUUUGAGGCAAACCUUUUAUAUUUCAUCGGAGCAUGUUUAAUUGAAGGAUGUACGGGACAGUUCACCACAACAACCCAGGCGUGUUUUGUUUACAUGGGCGAUAUUACAGACACGCCCGCAAAGAGAACGUAUGGCAUGGCUUAUGUGAUGAUAAGCAUAGCCACCUCUUUGACAAUCUCAACGUAUAUUGCAGGGUAUCUCAUUCAAACGUUCAGCUUUCUCGUCGCCAUGGCUGUUGCCGCUGCUAUUCUAGUACUUGCCUUAAUAACAAUGAUGACACUGCUUCCGGAAUCAUACCCGCCCGAGAAACGGACUAAAAGUAGAUCUAUCAAAACAAUGCUGAAAAACAGCGCGUCUUUUUUCGUUACAAACGACGAAAGAAACAAUCGCUGGAAGUACCAGCUGCUUGUGUCAGCGCAUGCGCUCAGCGAGUUCGGAUUUAUAGGCCGUAUUGGUGUGGAGACGCUGUACUAUAUGGCGCAUCCGUUCUGCUGGAGUUCCAAGGGCGUAGGACUGUACAUGGCCGGUCGCACCCUCGUGGUGUCUGUGUUUGGAAUCGGGCUGGUUGGCGUCUACCGGAAGUUUCUCUCGGACGUGGCGCUCACCAUGCUCUCCACGGCCUCGUACGCCGUCUGCUUCCUGUUUGAGGCUCUAGCUGCCACAGAUAUGAUGCUUUAUAUAGCAAUAGCUGUCGGCUGCUUUAGUGGCCUCGAAUCGGUGAUGGUUCGUAGCAUCGCCUCAGUCCUCACUCCCGCUGACCGCCAGGGUGCGCUGUUCUCUGCCCUCGCCGCCGUCGACGUUACCAUCAACCUUUUGAGUAAUGUCUUCACCGGAACUAUCUACUCCGUCACCGUGAAUUACGUGAGGGGCGCCGUGUUUUACGUUCUCGUCGCCGUGGAAUUGAUGUCAUGUUCUCUUCUAUCGAUCCUGCUGGUGAAAUGGAAUCUGGAGAAAAGAAAACUAAACAUCCAGAAGAUAUAACAAGUGUUUUCCUUGGAAGAAAACGUUGUAUUCGAUGAUACAAAAGUGCUUUAGUGUACUUCAGUUUUAUAUUCGAGUAUGAAGACAGUUCUAAGCUGAUAUGACAUCGAUAGCAGCCAUGCGGUCCGUUCUGAGAGGAAAACGUGUCUCUGGUGGAGGCUCGAACUACAUUUAUUGUACAUGUAUUUGCGUAAUGUUGGUUUAAAGCUGCAUUCUCACAGAGUGACCGUUUUGACAAUAAAAUUACAAGUUUUUUUUAUCUUAGAAUAAAAAAAAUCAGAUCGCUGGUUUCGAUAAUUACUGUUUUUUUUAUGCCAAAAAAAAUAUACAAAAAUCAUUUUUUCCUAAAGCGUUAGUAACGCUUUUAACCAUAAAACAGUAUUAUAUGAAUGUGUACAUAUAAAAACUGCGAUCUGCUCUUUUGUCAGCAGUCUUAUAUCAAUGGUGUCCAGAGAUUUACGCAAAAAUUGUCUUAUAUUUCAAGACAAAAAAUAAAAUGUUGUCAACACGGUCAAUCUAGGAUAGUGCAGCUUUAAUCCUGUUUGUGUUACUUCAAAUCAAAUAUAAAAUAAGCCCAUGGUAUGAUGUAUCAUGAUAUGAAAUAUGAGGUUAAUUUUUAUCUUGUUGAACUAAUCUCCUGAUUUCACCGACCAGUGUAAACAUUACCACAUGAUCUUUUAUCAAAUAUGGACCUACAUUUUGAAUACGUCCAAAGGAAGUAGCUUUGAAAAAAGGAUCAUCCAUUAUCUACAUGACUGUAACAGCUAAUCAAUAGCGUGAUGAUUGGUCAUCGAUCACCAGCUGAUAUUCUCUUGGACCCCUGAUGGUUUUAAGCUUUGUUCUCCUCAAAACUAAGACGUUUUCGUUCAAUAAUACAUGACAUACUGGUUUGCCUUAUUGUAGUCACAGUGGUUUGAGAAUAGGUGAGCGAUUUAGGUUCGUAAUGGAAAUUUUGGAAAAAAACAUGAAGUUAUAGUGAAUAUACCCUGUAUACCCUGACCAGGGGCAGACCCAGAAUUUGACGUUAGAGGGGGCAUAACUUUUGACUUGUAUCCCUCCCUCAGAACCGAAAUUUAUUUAGUUGAAAGUGUUGGGAGAGGGUUGGGGUUGGGUAUACUCCCCCAAGACAUUUUUAACAAUUUCUAGUCUGAAAUGGUGUAUUUUGGGCGUAUUUUAAUACUUUUUUCUCCUAUAUUGAAAUAAAAACUUUGACGAUUUUAGGGGGCACCCCGCCCCUGGAACCGCUAGUGCUGACACAUUAAUGAGAACAAGAUAUGAAUAGACACUGACUAAACACGCAAUUUGAAUAAUCUUUGUCCCACAUAAUCUGCAGCGGUAUAUAUCAGCUUUAAGAAUGGGACUUAUAUCAACAUGCUUGCUUUGUUCAUGGUCAUGCAUUUUUAGUUCUGACAUAUCUGUCACGGUAUACAAAAUGUGAUUUUACGUUAUUUUUUCCAAGAGUACAUUUUAGGCCCAAAACCGCUCACCUAUCCUCAAACCACGUUGAUUGCCGUACUGACAUAUAUUCCUGGUAAUGGUACCUACAUUCUAAGAAAUACCAUCUCGAUAUCGCCAAUCUAUUUAAACUGUUGAUCGAACGUUCAUAGCAGUUGUGAAAACGUAUUUUUCUCUUU